AUGCGUCGCGACGCCGCUGGCUGCCGUGCCAUCGCGCCCGGGUGUUUUGAUUUGGCUGCAGGUAUUCGAAGCAUGAUCAACCUAGUGCGUGACCGGGUGCGCAUUCCGCUCAUGUUGAGACACCUUGGCGGCGAGGCGUUGAUCGAGGUGGGCCAGGAGCGUGUGAAGUAUAUGCUUGAUAUGCGGAACAAUGAGAUUGCAAUUACUACUAGCAGGGGACCGGAUGAUGUUGGUAGUGAUGGUGCUGCUGGUGAGACGGGCAUGGAUGGAGAACCUAGAGAUGAUAAGGGUGAUCACGAUCAUGAGUCCGAUGAUGAGGAUGACGUUGACGAUGACGGCCUGUAUGGAUAG